AUGUCUUUGGAGCCGGGGGCAGGUGCCGACGCUGGCAGGAGAGGCCUCAGGAAGCCAUGUCCAUUCAGCAUCGAGGACAUCCUCUCCAGCCCGGCAGAGAAGAGCCCCCCGGUCCUGGUCCCACUCUGCCUCAGGAGCAUCUUGGACUGCACACCCAAAGGGCUGUACGCCCGGUUCCCCUGGCCCAUGCGGCUCCUGCACUCGGCAGUCAGGGUGUGUAAGGGUCCCGCAGGGGACCCGAGCGAGCUGCAGACCUUCCACCAGAUCCAGCGGCGGACGCGCCGGCAUCGCACCAUAUUCACCGAGGAGCAGCUGCAGGCCCUGGAGACACUUUUCCACCAGAACCAGUACCCGGACGUCAUCACCCGCGAGCACCUGGCAAACCGCAUUCACCUGAAGGAGGAGAGGGUCGAGGUGUGGUUUAAAAAUCGGCGGGCCAAGUGGCGGCACCAGAAGAGGGCAUCUGCUUCAGCACUGAUCCUUCAAGGCACCAAGAAGCCCUCUCAGGAGAGCUGUUAG